UGCCCAUCGCCUCAGAUUGGGCCUGGCCCAUGGGGGUUAGGGUGUUGUUAUUAGGUCAGUGCCAUGCCGAUCGUGGUGCUCCUGUGACUGUGGGAGAAAAUGGGAACGAGUUCACUUCAUGCAGUGGUGCACGUAUGUUCACAGAACUAGCUAGUGGAGUCUGUGAAGACGUGGCUCCUGUGCAAACUUUCAAGAGUCCAAUAUGGUCUACACGGACAACUGGAGAAGUGAAUAUAUCACCAAAUUUUGGACCUCUUCACUUUGAUGCCAUUUUCAACCAUACCUUUUUUUUUAUAUUGUUAAAAAAAUAUCUACGUUUAGUUUGCUAAAUUUGGUUAACACAUAAGAAAUACUACCAAAAUUUUAGUAAUAUUGUCAUCUUGCUAAAAUUUUAGCAUUAUUAAAACUUGAUAAGAUUUAUUUUGGCUACAAUCUGAAUUGGUCAUUUGUGUAUCUAGACAAACCCGUCAUAACGAUGAAACUGACCCGCACAAACCAAUCAAAUAGGACUACUACUCUGCCUAGAUGGUUCUUUCAGCUGCUAGCAUAAUCCCGACAUGUGACAGUAGCUCAGCAAGCAGUACCAUGCAUGUCAGCACGAACCAACGACAGCCACACAAAACUCAGCGAAGAAUAAUAACACCGAUUAAGAUGCUUCCAGAAAUUCAAAGUAACCGCAGGAGGCCUCUGUUUUUCCACAAAUCUGCAUAUUGAGAACAACCAAUCGGUACGUGAAACAUUCCUGGGAAUCUCUGUGGUAACUGUCGUGUCCCACUCUACAUGAACAGCGUCGAGCCAACAGUCGCUGCCUCAUUUCUUGGCCCAUGAACGACUAGCCUUCGUCAAACGUAAAAGGGAAACAAGCUAGGAACCACCAUAUCACACACUCACCGGCACACCGCGCAUUUUGAGCACCGGCUGGGGACAGGGAUCGCCGAGCCCGCGUUAGCCACGUAACGCAGCGUCGCAGCGUGCAGCGAACCGCACGCGCGCGCGCCUUAAAUUUUGUUCCGCCGAGGCGCGACGAACGACACAAACCGACACUACGUGAAUACGUGACGUGUGCGUGCGGCUGCUGCGUUUGGACUUUGGCUCAGCCGCGUAGGAGUACGUUGCACAGCAUGGCGGCAGCGCAGGACGCGUCGUCCCAGGCGUUGGGGCUCCGGUGGCGCUACGGCGACGUCGACGACGGCAACUUCGCGGUGCGCGGCCGCGCGGUGCCGCUCCUCGUGGCGCUCCUCUUCGUCCUCGUCUGCUUCGUCGCCGUCUCCCUCUACCUCCGCUGGGCGUGCCACUGCCACCGCUACGGCCGCGACACGACGCCGAUGCCCGCCACCACCAGCUCCGGCUUCUCCUCGUCGCACGCUGCGGCGACCGCGCCAGGUUCAGCCUCAUCGGUGACCGGCCUCGACGACGCGACGAUAGCGAGCAUGCCCGUGGCGCUGUACCGGGCCGUGGCGUCGGCUGCAGGUGAUGGCGACGACGGCGGCGCCGCGCAGUGCUCGAUAUGCCUCGGGGAGUUCGAAGAGGGCGAGAAGGUGAAGGCGCUGCCGCUGUGCGGGCACGGGUUCCACCCGGAGUGCGUGGACGCGUGGCUCCGCUCGCGGCCGAGCUGCCCUCUGUGCAGGAGCUCGCUUCUCCCGGCCGCGGCCACCACCAAACCGGACGUCGCCGGGAGCGAUGCUGUCUGAUCAUAUGCACGCACAGGGCUCGCUCGGUCGUCGCAUGUAAACUGCGCCGUGCGCCCGUACGUGCACAUUCCAUUGCAUUGCACCCGCCGGUGCCUGGGCUGCUGGUCCGGAGGUUCAGGCGGUGGGAAACUGAUUAAUUUCUUAGUUAAUCUGUACAUCAGUUAGUAAGUUCAUUAAUAGUAUAGUUAAUAUGUGCAUCAGUUAGUUUAUUACUACUCCUACAUGGUUUCGUUAACUUAGCUCACAGCAACGGAUGCCACUUGCAGUUUCUGUUUUGAAUUCACUGUCACCAAGAGGAAAGUGAUGCACUGAUGUCAUUGCAAUAGAGCGUUGAACUUGCCCUCAAAGGGCGCUUUA